ACGCCCUCGAGACGACUCUCCACGCUUUUUUUCACUUCGCCGACCCUUUUUACCUUGUCCUUGCAUCUUCCCCGUCCUCGUCCAUCCUUCCCCCAUUAUUCGCCUCCGGGUGUCCCGAUCUGAUGGCUUGUUCACCGCUGGAUUCGCCCGCAGACGUCCAUCCACCCAGAGCCAUCUGACGGGCGAGGUCUACGGUGGGGUGGGCAAUCCGCACGCCCCAACUCGACUAUGGCGUCCUCGUUUCAGGAUGCGUGGCAGACUGCGCUCGAUGCCGAACGGGAGCUGUUGCGCUGCCUCGCUGAGAAGGAGCCGACCUUUGCCGAGAUUUCACAACUUUUGUCCGAAUUCCGCACCGCUUGCCAAAAUGCGAUCCUCUCCGAUUUCGAUACCGCUCGUGGAUCAGACGUGGAGGGCCGCCUGUGGGAUGCGCACUUGAAACUUAAUAACAGGUUUCGCAAGUUGCUCGCUCGCUAUCGAGAGGAAACCACCAAGAAGAGACCCGUCGAGAAACGGAAGCUAGAGAAGCAUUAUUUGGAUUUUAUCAAAUCCAGCCAGCGGUUCUAUAGGGGGUACAUCCAACAUCUAUCAUCGCAUUUCGGAGGCAUCGUGGAAUUGGAGAAAGUGGCGCGCAAGUUCAACUUUGAGAACUUAUCGGCCACCCCUCCAUCUGCGAUUACACCUGACCUGCGCUUGCGCAUCCUUCAAUCUUGCCAUGCGACUCUCAUCCGACUGGGCGAUCUCUCUCGGUACAGAGAAACCGAACUUGCCAACAACAAACGCAAUUGGGGCCCAGCCAUUGGGUAUUACGAUCUCGCCUCGGUGAUACACCCUGCAUCGGGCGCAUCGCACAAUCAGCUGGCGGUAAUCGCACUUGCCGAUGGCAAUCACUUCCGAGCAACAUAUCACCUCUACCGGGCGUUGUCUGCCCACCUUCCUCAUCCCUCCGCCAAGGGAAAUCUGGAAAUUGAAUUCAAAAAAGUGAUGAAUCUGUGGGUCAAGCGCGAAUUGAUCAGGCCAGAGGACCAAGGAAUUCCUGGGAAAGCUCUGGCACCGUGGUUUGUCUAUCUCCAUGCGCAAUGUUACAAGGGCAACGACUUUCCCGAGCAUGAUGAGCUGGAGAGUGAGGUCAUGAGUCAACUGGCAGUUGAUAUCAGGGAGCGUUCGCAUGAAGGAACACUUCAAAAGUUCUGUCUUGUCAACAUUGCUGCAGAAGACUUUGCCCGAACUCGGUCUACCGAAGAGUCGGUCUCCAAUGCGCGCAUGUUCUUCCAGCGCAUCAAUGUGAAGACCUUCUUCACGUUAUUGCAGAUUUUGUUGGUAGAGCUUGAGCGUUUCGCCGGUGAGGAUUCGAGCAACAGCAGCAAGGACUCUAAGAAUGGACCCGACAAGGUCACCGUUGUUGCUCGCAGGAUCCUGCCCGCUUUGCGGCAUUACAGCUCCUGGCUUUUGACAACUAGUGACUUUCUUAUCUCACCAAAGGAAGAGCAGGACUCGCCUCUCACGAUCCAGAUUCAAGAGUUCUGGAAGAUCUACGCAGGCACCCUGACACUGUUGGCAUCUACAUUCGACAUCGUCCAUCUUCCCGAGAUCGAUUACCUUCUGGAAGAGGAUGAAGAAAGCCUUGGAUUUGCGCCACUGGACCAGGCGGUGACUUCUCGUCGAUAUGUUGGGAUGGGUGAUAAGCUUAAGCCUAGAAUGAACGAUCCAGGUGUCGAGAGAAGCCACCCAAACAUUGAGAUGCUCUACCGGAUUCGCGAAUUCGUGAUUGACGGUUUGGAUUUGGUCGUUAGAAACAAAAUUCCCGUUGCUCUCGUUGACGAAGAGGACAAGAAGACUUUUAUCUACCAAGAGGAUGGACUGCCGUCUCAGUUCUUCUCAAGCCCCCAUGGUCGCCAGAAUACCCUCACGACGCCGGUAAUUGAACGAGAGGACAUCCCGCCAGUAUGUCAGGAUUCAGCCUCUGGCACUGAGGCUCGCAGCAUGUACGGCGACUCUCAGUCUGCCUCCGUCGCAGCCUCCGCAUCAAUGUCGGCCAAUAUGCACCGCAUCGUCGAGGAUGUUGAGCGUUUGGUCGAGUCUGACACGUACGAGAAUCCGCCCAACGUCCCAGAUCAGUUCGAUUUCCUGAAUGCUUCCGGCGAGAUGUCUACGCCUUCUGCUCGCAUGUCGGCAAUUUACAAUGCCUUCCCUUCCAACGAAAAGAUUGCACAGCCACAUCCUACUCCGAUGGCUCCUCCUGGUUUAGGUCCUCCUGUUGUCAACACGGCAGAAGCUCUCCGUGCUUCAGCAUCUCAAUCUUACACUCCACUCCACACGCUCCCUAGUAUUCCUAGCAUCUGGAAUACUUCAUCGCCCGCACCACUGCGGGACGGUUCCUCGCCACGCACACCGCCGGGUCUCGGUCAGCCAUCUUCCAUGAAGUCACUGGGUAUAAAUCCCAACGCUACCGGGUCCCCAUCACAGGACCAGAUCACAAACGAUCUGCUCCGCCAUAACCUAAUGGCCCAAAACCAGCUCUCCAGCUCCGUGGAUAUGUCAGGGUCUAUGCCAUCAUGGCUUCCCCUAUCCAGUUCACACCCGGCAAACAACUGGGGCCCGGACCCACGCCGCUUGUCUUACAACGUACCCAGUCAGCCCAUUUCGAGCGGGUUCCCAACUCAAUCCUGGGGAAAUGAUGCUUUUAUUGCUAGCAGUCUGCCUUCGGGUGACGGAGCCUUCAGCUCUGGAUUCAACGGUCACCGCAAAUCGGCCACUCAGCUUGGCGCUAUUGGUCAAACCCCUCCUUGUGGACAGGGCGGUUGAUAAAACCCGCAUGUGACUUGUCUACUAGUAUUAAUUGCCCGUGUGCAUGAAUACACAGUCUGCCGACUGAGGAAGGCCAUGAACUCAAAGCACGAUCCCACGCUUCGUCAUUCUGGACCCAGCAUGAUCCUGCUCUGUUUUCUAUGGACGCGGACUAUCAUCUCAAAGAUGAAACAUGGAAUACAUCGAUUAUCUAAAUGAACUCUGGGUCCGCGCUGAUAACGCGGAUUGAGAGUAUCAUUCGAAUUGAUCCCCGGCAGUCCGAGAGUAUUCCUCAUUUCAGCCAUGAGAUCCCAACCAAAAUUUUCUGACACGAUGGUCCACAUCGACCCGGUAUCCUUGUGGCAGCUUGCCUAUUCUCCUACUCAUCUGUGCGAAGGAUCAAGGUGAUAGCACUGCACGUUCAACACCCAACACAGGACCACAUACCCCCGGGCUAAAGUGCCGCCUUGUAUACGCAGCCUUCGUCCCGGUUUGUUUUUUUUUCGAGGAGGAUGCACGUUAGCAGUUUUUCCAUGUUUUGGAACCCGUGAUUGAAAUCUCUUUUUGCUUGUUAAGCCGAGCCCGUUGUUUGUCUUUUUGAGUGGAGGGUAUAGGAUCUUCGUUGUAGUAAAUAGUUGGUAGUGAGCGGGUUGGGCCUGGUUUUUCUUCUCUGUCAAUUCGUUUGAUGGCGUGUAAGGGCCAGGAUUGUCUCAAAAAUGCCCGUCAAUAACAAUUCACGUUUUUUAAACCCCCUUGACACUAUUAUUUUUGACCGUAACUACA